AUGUUUAAUUCUCUAUAUCCCAACAUAGUUGUUGAUGUAUACAUUGAACAUAGGUCACUGUUUGAUGUAUUUGAUGAGGAAGGGGUAGGAAAUGAUGUAGAUAUUGGAAUUAGACAUUGUGCUAUUAUUGAGGAGAUCAAUGAUGAAGAUUUGAAUGGUUUACAGGAAAGUCAAGUAACUACUAUAUAUAGUACAAGAAAUAAUAAGCAACCAUAUUUGCUGGAGCUAAUUAAAGUUAUUGAUAAAGAGGUUGAUAUAAAUAGGGAAGAAGUGAAUGAAUGUGCUGAGGACACAAGCAAUGUAGAUAGAUUCAAUGAUAAUUUUGGAGUUGAUAGAGAGAAUGGAAGUGUUGGGAAUGGUGUGCAAAAGGAGAAAUCAGCAGACCAUGGUGAUGUAGAGAAUGAUGGUGUUGAGUUUGAUUAUGCACCAUCUAAUGAACUGUUGAGCAUAGAUGGUUCAUUAUUAGAUGAAGAUAGUAAUAAUAGGAGAAUGUCAAAGCAUCCUGAGUUUAGGGCUGAGAGGACUAAUCCAAGUUUUGGGGCUGAUCAAAGUUCUGGGACCAGUCCAAGUUCUGUACAAAGAGCUGCAAAGAGAAUUGGGAAUAGGAGUGGAAACACAGCUUCUGCACAGAGAGCUAGGAAUAGGAGUGAAAACACAGCUACCAAAGAAAAUGUUGCAAAUGCAAGUGUUAGGGUUGGAAAAGGUGUUCAGUUACAUAAGAGAGAAAAGUUACAGGCUAGAUCACAUAUAGCGGGAGCGGGAGCAAGAGUGCGAGCGCGAGAGUAG